CUUUGGCCAUGAAGUCCAUCUUCCUCACAACCGCCCUUCUCGCGGCGUCGGCGACCGCGCUCGAGAUGACCAACAAGGAGCGCAACGAGCUCCUCCAAGAACUCGACGCGUGGAAGAAGAGCCAGGCCGGCAAGGCCGCUGUCGUCCAGGGUCUCCUCCCGCCCAAGCCGCGCACCGAAAGCUUCAACGCGCACGAACAGCUCGAGACGGAGCUCACGCGCUUUGCCCACACCAAGAAGGUCGUCGCGGACCUCAACAAGGAGCACAACGGGUCGGCGACCUUCUCGACGGACAACCAGUUUGCGCUCAUGACGGACGCCGAGUUUGAAAAGUUUGUCAAGGGCGCGUUCGGGUCGCCCCCCAAGAAGCGCCAGCUCCGCGGUGAAAACAUCCAGCUCCAGCUCACGCCAGCGCAGCGCGAGGCGAGCGGGAAGGACUGGACGACGGGCAAGUGCAUGCCGGCCAUCAAGAACCAGGGCAGCUGCGGCUCGUGCUGGUCGUUUGCGGCCGUCGGUGCGUCUGCGAUGGCGCACUGCCUCGUCACGGGUCAGCUCAUCGACCUCUCGGAGCAGCAGCUCGUGAGCUGCGCGUCGAGCGCGGGUCAGGGUUGCCAGGGCGGCUGGCCCAACAAGGCCCUCGAGUACAUUGCGCAGACGGGCGUGUGCUCGUCGUCCGACUUUCCGUACACGCAGAGCGACAGCCAGUGCAAGCAGAACUGCAAGAAGAACAAGCUCAGCGUCGGUGCGCCCGUCGACAUUCGUGGCGAGAGCGCGCUGCAGUCGGCGCUCGACAAGCAACCGGUGACCGUCGUCGUCGAGGCCGGCAACAACGUGUGGCGCAACUACAAGAGCGGUAUUGUCAAGUCGUGUCCCGGCGGCCAGUCGGACCACGCGGUCAUUGCGGUCGGGUAUGGCUCGGACGGCGGCAGCUACUUCAAGAUCCGCAACUCCGCGGUGGCGGCGGUCAGGGCAUGUGCAACGUGGCCGAGGCGCCGUCGUACCCGUCGAUGA